AAGAAGCUGUGAAGGGAGAGGACGAGGAGGGGACCGCUAGUCUAACUGUUUGCUUAUUGUAGCCUCCCUUUAGUUUUUCAAUACUUUUAAUUUACACUUUACCAGACUUAAAACCAACACAGAAGUCAUUACUGUGUCUUUUAUUCAGUAUUUUAAUCAGUAAAUGUCGCGUCAAACGUGUUAGGUGACGACUUAUUGACGAGGGGCAGUUAUGGGCACCAGAAAACGCUGAGUACUCUUUAGAUUACCGCCAUGGGCACCGCUUCUUCUCUGGUUAGUCCAGGGGAGGUGAUAGAAGAUGGAUACGGAGGUGAAGGUGGGGAAGCCUGUGAGAUCCCGGUCGAGGUCAAGCCCAAAGCCAGACUCCUUCGUAGUUCCUUUCGUCGAGGGCCUCGGGUGAUAGGGGCCAGUUUCAAAUCAACAGGCUCUGUGGAUCUGGAGUACGCUGCCGAGUAUGAAAGACUGCGCAAAGAGUACGAAAUAUUUCGUGUCAGCAAGAAUAACGAGAUCUCAUCCAUGCAAAAGAAGGAGGCCAAGCUGGAUGAGGAAAACAAGAGGCUGAGGGCCGAACUCCAGGCACUGCAGAAGACUUACCAGAAGAUCCUUAGAGAGAAAGAGAGUGCUCUUGAGGCAAAGUAUCAAGCUAUGGAGAGGGCCGCCACCUUUGAGCAUGACAGAGACAAAGUAAAACGACAGUUUAAGAUUUUCCGGGAGACUAAAGAGAAAGAGAUUCAGGACCUCCUGCGGGCCAAAAGGGACUUGGAAGCCAAACUGCAACAGUUACAGGCUCAAGGUAUCCAGGUGUAUGAUCCAAAUGAUUCUGACUCAGAUGACAACCAAACUACUGUCACCGCUGCAGGGACCCAGUGUGAGUACUGGACUGGUGGUGUACUGGGAAGUGAGCCCUCUAUGGGUAGCAUGAUGCAGCUGCAACAGACCUUCAGAGGACCCGAGUUUGCCCACAGCUUAAUCGAUGUGGAGGGACCCUUUGCAAAUGUCAGCAGAGAUGACUGGGAUGCUGCAGUGGCCAGUCUGCUUCAGGUGUCUCCUCAUGUGCCCCAGGCCUUAUGGAGUAACACAGUGCGCUGCUACUUAAUAUUUACCCAGGAAACCAAAGCAGAGCUGGACAUUUUUAUUAAGAAACACUCACCCAUUCUACGGAAGAUGUGUGAGGGUCUAGGCCAUUUCUACCUGAAUGUCUGCUUCCCAGAGGAGAUUGCUGCCUCAUACAUUGCAGAGCGCAAGCAGGAGCUCGAAAGGAGUUCUGUGUGUGUGCUCCUUCUCAAAUCCACUGUAACUAGCUCUGUGGUGGAGGAUUGUGAGGAAGCUUUUGUGAAGAAUCCAGACGGCCAUCCACUGGUGCUCUACCUCAGGGCUGAAGAAGAUCGCAAUCUGGCUGGACCCACCAGGCAACUGCUGGAAAGGGUAAAUGCUGCAGACAAGGCUGGAAAAGUGAAGGUUGUGGAUCAUAGUGGUUCUGCAGAAGAUGGGGCUGAUCUGAUUUAUGCUCAGUUGGAAAAAGUCAUCAAACAGGAGCUGCUGGGUCUUGAGAUGGCAGAUGUUGACUCUAAGGAUUCUGGGAUAGAGGACGGACGUGAGGAAGAUUCAGGAGACGUGCUGUGGGAUCUCCACGAUGAGCAAGAACAGAUUGAGUCGUAUCAGCAGGCCUGUAGCAGCACCACCUCCCAGUUAGGCUUCCAGAAGUAUAUAGAUCGUCUGAAUGACAUGAUAGCUGCUCCCCCACCCACCCCUCCUCUUUUGGUAUCGGGUGGUCCAGGCUCAGGAAAAUCUCUCCUGCUCUCUAAAUGGAUAGAGCUGCAGCAGAAACAGUCACCCAACACCUUGUUCCUUUAUCAUUUUGUCGGUCGACCUCUUUCCACAAGUUCAGAGCCGGUUCUGAUCAUCAAACGCCUCACAGUCAAAUUGCUGCAGCACUUCUGGUCCAUUUCUGGCUUAUCCAUGGAACCCAGUAAGAUACUUGAGGAGUUUCCUCGCUGGCUGGAAAGACUCUCUGCACGGCAUCAAGGAAACAUAAUCAUUAUCAUUGAUUCCAUUGACCAAAUUCAGCAAGCAGAAAGACACAUGAAGUGGCUGAUUGACCCUCUACCUGUCAAUGUCAGAGUGGUGGUAUCAGUCAACGUAGAGACGUGUCCUCAAGCUUGGAGGUUGUGGCCCACGCUCCAUUUGGACCCACUGAGUCCCAGAGAGGUGAGAAGUGUUGUCAGUGCAGAGUGCCAGAGCAUGGAUCUCAAACUUGCCAAAGAGCAGGAGAAGAAACUUGAAAGACACUGUCGCUCUGCAUCUACAUGUAAUGCAUUAUAUGUCACUUUGCUGGCAAGGAUGAUCACCAGCAGUAGAUCAUGCUGUUCACUGGAGAAGAGUCUGGACCAGUGUCUACAAUGUCAGGACACCAUGUCUCUCUAUCGUCUCGCACUCAAGAUGACUCUGAACUCGCUCAACACAGACAGAGAGCGCCACAUAAUGAGAGAGAUUCUGUGUCUUGUGUGUGCCAGUCAUAAUGGAGUUAGUGAGUCAGAGGUACUAGACCUUUUCCCAGAGCUGGAACUACCUGUCCUGUCCUCUCUACUUUACCGCCUGAACAGACUCUGUAUUGUAACUCUCCGUUGUGGGCUCAUCAGGUUCCAACACCUGCAAGCCUGGGAAGCUGUGAGGUCAGAGUUUCUGAGCGGAGGAAGCAGUUCUACAACUUACAGAGAGAAACUGAUCCAUUACUUCAGCCAGCAGCUCAGCCAGGACCGUGUCACUUGGCGUGUUGCAGACGAGUUGCCGUGGUUACUCCAGCAGCAGGAGGACAGGACUAAACUGCAGCUUAGUCUGUUGAACCUCUUUGUCUCCCAAAACCUUUACAAAAGGGGUCAUUUCUCAGAGCUGUUGGCCUAUUGGCAGUACGUGGGAAAAGACAAAAGCUCCAUGGCCACUGAGUAUUUCGACUCCCUCAAACACUAUGAGAAGAGCUGCGAGAGUGAAGACAGCAUGACCAAGCUGGCAAACCUGUAUGAGACACUGGGUCGGUUCCUCAAAGACCUGGGUCUCCCUAGCCAGGCUGUAGCUCCUUUACAGCGAUCCCUUGAAAUCAGGGAGACAGCCCUGGACCCAGAUCACCCCAGCGUAGCUCGAUCUCUGCACCAGCUGGCUGGGGUUUAUGUUCAGUGGAAGAAGUAUGGAAACGCUGAGCAGCUGUACAAGCAGGCCCUGGAGAUAAGUGAGAACGCCUACGGUGCUGAGCAUGCCAGUGUAGCACGAGAGCUGGAGUCACUGGCCAUGCUCUACCAGAAACAAAACAAGUAUGAACAAGCAGAAAAACUCAGGAAAAGGUCUGUGAAGAUACGUCAGAAGACUGCUCGCCAGAAAGGUCAUAUGUACGGUUUCACUUUGUUGCGACGCAGAGCCCUACAGCUGGAAGAGCUGACCCUGGAGAAAGACUCAGCUGACUGUGCCAAAACACUUAAUGAACUGGGUGUUUUGUACUACCUCCAAAACAACCUGGAUGCAGCCAAGGUGUUCCUAAGUCGUUCACUGGAAAUGCGGCAGCGUGUCCUCGGCCCAGAUCAUCCAGACUGCGCUCAGUCCCUCAAUAACCUGGCAGCGCUGCACACGGAGAGGAGAGAGUAUGAGACAGCCGAGGACAUGUACGAGAGGGCUCUGGACAUUCGCAAGAAGGCCCUGUCACCGGACCACCCCUCACUGGCGUACACACUGAAACACCUGGCCAUGCUCUAUAAACGCAGAGGGAAGCUGGAGAAGGCUGUUCCGCUGUACGAACUGUCUCUGGAAAUCAGGGAGAAGAGUUUUGGGCCCAAACACCCCAGUGUGGCCACAGCACUGGUCAAUCUGGCCGUGAUCUACUGCCAGCUGAAGAAGCAUGGUGACGCCUUGCCUCUUUAUGAGCGAGCACUCAGAGUGUAUGAGGACAGUUUGGGUCGUUCACAUCCACGUGUCGGAGAAACACUCAAGAACCUGGCCGUCCUAAGCUAUGAAGAAGGUGACUUUGAGAAAGCGGCAGAACUUUACAAACGUGCAAUGGAGAUCAAAGAAGCAGAACCAUCGCUGGUGUGCGGAAAUGCUCCAUCUCGGCAUUCAUCCAGCGGGGACACGUUCAGCCUAAGGGGACCUGGACCCCUCCUGCACGCCCCAAGGUGACUCCUCAGCCACUUUCUGCCACACAGUGAUACUUUGGCUACUUUAAUUAUCACUGAGUAGCUAAAACUUUAAGGGAACCUGGUCCUGCUCAACGUCCUGCUUAUCCAGCUGUGAUCAUUGUCUGGAUGGAGGAGUUGUGUUUGGUCAAACAUACUGUAACUGCCAAUAGGAUUCUAUAGUCCACAUCAUAACGCUGUGAAAUCAACGCAUUUGCAAAAAUUAUUUAUGAAUCUAUAGUAUUCAUAUGUCAAGAACUUUGUUAACUUAGUCCUUUUACAGGCCUGGAACUCAGGAUUUAUUUGAGAGUGAAACACGUCUUCCCGAUUAACCUCGAACAGUUUAUGUGCAAAGAUAAAACAGCAAACAGAUUCAUUUUCUGAUUUGAAAAGUCCAGCCAAGACACUUAAACAAAACUUGAUCACAAUACUCACUUUUUGAGCUUUCAGUGGAUUCUACUUUUUGAAGUCUUUCCAGAUUUCUGUGUUUUUUGUUGUCUGAUUUUAAUAGGAUAAAAAAAAAAAAAAAACACUCAGAAGGUGUUUUAUAACUUCUCAAAAUUAGAUGGUGAAUGGCUCAAUCCAAUCAUGCUUUUAACAGAAUACGCAGUUCAGUUUCUAAAUCUGCAUUCUGAAUAAUGAUGUUAAAUCUGACAAAUGCUGCCAUCUCUCAUCUGUAAUGUGAAUGAGUAACAGUCUGUAUUUAUAUUCAGUAAUUAUGUGUUUUGUAUUAAUGACACAACCAGAAUUAAGUAUUCAGUUUUAACAAAUUAUUUCAAAAAUACAAAAAAAAAAUGGAGGCUAAGAUAAGUAACAAAGUAUUACCAUGUGUGAAGAAACAUCACCUCUGCUACUAAUAUGCAUUUAUUUAUUCAUAUAUUAAACAGGGAGAUUUAAUGCAAUUGCCAAUGAAUGAAUGCCACAAGUUUCUAUGUAGUAAAAAUAAUGAUUUACUGUCUGACCAAACGACCAUAAAGCCAAGACAAAGAGAACAGUGUGCCAUAAUAUGUUGCCAAAUGUAGUACAUACUGUGUAUUUGUUAUAUACAUAUAUAUUGUAUUCAUGUAUUAAUGUAAUUAAAAGCUGUACAGAACCAAAAAUAUAGCAUCAAAAAUAUAAACAGCACUGUAAUCCACCCAAUAAAUACUUUAUUGAGACAA